AUGCGUGCCUACGCCUUCGCAGCUUUGUUAAGCUCCAUAACUUGCGUGUACGGCACUCCCGUACCAGCAGAGGGGCCCGUCAACAACCAAGCUCAAGCUUCCUGUGGAGGACCAGUAGCGAGCAAUCCAUCGACGUUUUGGUAUGAGCACAUCACGCAUGAUGGCACUUCGCCAUUCAUCAACGAUAACAACUGGGUUGUUUUCCGCAACGUAGUCUCAUAUAGAGCGGACUCGUCUGGUAAUAGUGAUUCACAAUCAGCCAUUCAGAAUGCAAUCAACGAUGGAUCCAACAGCGGUUACUCCAGGACUACCAAUUCCCUUGGUACGACAGGUCAGCCUGCGGUGGUCUAUCUGCCAGCUGGCACUUACACUAUCGAAUCGCCACUCCAGCUUUACGUUGGGACUGUGCUCAUGGGUGAUCCUGUCGGAGGAACAACGAUCAAAGCUGGAUCGAGCUUCAACAGCAACACUCUCAUCUAUGGCAAGGACUCCAACCAAGAUAGUACCACCAAUUUUUACAUCAAGGUCGAACACCUGACACUGGAUUCCAACAACAUUAACAAAGACACCACAUUUACUCUGCUCGAUUGGAGUGUCAGCCAGGCCACGCAGCUCAGCGACGUGGUUUUCAACAUGCCCAACUACUCGACUCGUCAUACAGGCAUAGCUAUGCCAGAAGGUGGAUCCGGGACUUUCAUGGGAAACUUGCAAUUCAACGGAGGCUUCGUUGGUUUGAACAUGGACAACCAACAGUACGAGGGCAAGUCUUUGACGUUCAAUGGCUGCACGACCGGCAUUCUGGUGUCACACUGCUAUGAUUGCGUAUUUAUCGACAUCAACUUCAUGAACGCUGAGUAUGGUCUGGACGUCAGUGGAGGAAACAUUGGUUUCGUGGCUCUGCUGGAUUCGACUGCGUCUAACAUCAACACUGCUGUGCGGGCGGCAGCACCAUCGACCGGCGAUCAUUCUCUCGUCAUCGAGAACUUUGUCCAAGGCAACUCCGUCGCCAACGUUGUGACUGCAAAUGGAAACCCUGUUUUGAACAACAACGUCCAAGGCCAGGCAUGGGUUUGGGGCAACGCUUACGUCCCCAAUGGCCCGAACUAUGGUUCUCACCAGGAAGGAACCUUGUACAACUCGCCACGUCCAUCUGUACUGACCCCGAGUAACGGGGACUAUCUCGUCAUUGAACCUCCAUCUUAUAAGGAAUAUGACUUGGAUCAGUUCAUCAACGUCAAGCAGGUCUCAGGCUACCCAGUUUAUGGCGAUGGAAACACCGAUGACACAAACAACUUGAACGCCAUCAUCUCAAUGUACGCUGGAUGCAAGAUUCUCUUCUUUCCGUCCGGUACAUACAUCGUGACCAACACCAUAUUCUUCCCGGCAGGCUCUCGGGUGGUUGGAGAAGCAUGGGCUGCCAUCUCAGCCGUAGGCAGCAACUACUACAAUCCACAAUCACCCAACGUCAUGGUUCAGGUCGGAAACCCUGGCGACAAAGGUGUGGCUCAAUUCUCGGGACUGCUCUUCACUGUCGCAGACGUUCUGCAAGGCUGCACGCUCCUCGAAGUGAACAUUGCCGGCAACAGCCCCGGCGACGUUGCUUUCUGGGACUGCCAUUUCAGAGUUGGCGGCGCAGCCGGCUCGAAAGUCCAAACCAACUGUGGUGGUAACCCCGAUCAAUGCAAGGCUGCGUUCCUGCUUGCUCAUCUCACCUCAUCGUCGUCAGCAUAUCUCGAGAAUAUCUGGGGGUGGACGGCGGAUCACGAUCUUGAUUCAGGAAACGGUCAAACAAUCUCGACAGGCCGUGGUAUCCUCGUUGAAGCUACAGCUGGAACGUGGCUACACGGGACGGCCUUUGAGCACAACACCCUGUACCAGUACUCUUUCCAGAACGCCCAAAAUGUGUUCGCUGGCAUGCAACAAAGCGAGACCCCCUACUGGCAAGGUAAUGGCUCGCCAUCGCUCGAUCCGGCGCCAUGGUCUUCCAUCACGGGUUCGCCGUACUACGAUCCUGACUUUUCCAACUGCGAUGGCGGUGACGCACAGUGUCGAAUGGCGUGGUUCACUUACAUCAACGGCGGCUCAAACCUGUUCUUGUACGGUGCUGGCUUCUGGACGUUCUUCAAUGACGGCCAGAAAGAUUGCCAGAAUUCCGGUGUCUGUCAGACGAAUGCUGUUUGGACCAACGACGUGAGCAACUUGUACUGGUAUGGCAUCAACGAGCAUUUGAACUUGAACCUGGUUGUCAACAACGGUCAAGUAUUGGUGACGCAGAACAACAACCCGGGUUCUUGGGGAGGAGUGGUUGCCGCAUAUCUGACCGAUUCUUGA